AUGGGUGCAAAUGAUGAAAAACAAAAUAUGAUUAGUCCUUUGCUUACAAGAUCGACACAUGCUGAAGAUGGUAUCAUUGAGAUGGAAUCAUCAACAUCAACAUCAUAUUCAAAUCAUAAUCAAUCAAUUGUAUGGUUGAAAAAUACAAAAAUCAAUGAAACAGAUGAAAUAUUAUGUGAUGAGAAUGUAUUCAAAACGAUAACAAUAUCAUUUGAAAAAAUUAAUUAUACAAUUGAUCAAACAACAAAUAUUAAACACUGUUAUAAGUGGCAACAAAUAUUUUCACAUAACAAACAGACAACAAAGAAACAAAUUCUCUUUGAUCUUUCAGGCAUCUUUACACCCGGAAUGAAUGCUAUUUUAGGACCUACAGGUUGUGGUAAAUCGACUUUACUUGAUAUUCUUGCCGAUCGAAAAGAUGGUCGUGGCUUGACUGGAAAUGUUCUUGUAUCGGGAAAAUCUCGUCCUGCUUCUUUCAAAGAUACUGUUGGUUAUGUUAUUCAAGAUGAUAUUAUGAGUGGAACAUUGACUGUUCGAGAAAAUCUUAUGUUUUCGGCUAAUAUUCGUCUACCACGUUCAUUUUCUGCUCGAGAACGUAUCGAACGAGUUAAUCAAGUUAUUAAUGAUUUAGAUCUUCAUUCAUGUGUUAACACUUAUAUUGGAACUGAUUUUAUUAGAGGAGUAUCUGGUGGAGAAAAAAAAAGAACAAGUAUUGGAAUGGAAUUAAUUCUUUCACCCAAAGUUCUUUUUCUAGAUGAACCAACAACUGGACUUGAUGCAUCGACAGCACAAAAUGUUAUGGAUUGUUUAUAUAAUUUAUCUCGGCAAGGACGUACAAUUAUUUUUUCUAUUCAUCAACCUCGUUAUUCAAUCUUCGAAUUAUUUGAUACUGUUCUUUUUCUAUCAGCUGGUCAUAUUGUUUAUUUUGGUUCACCCAUUGAUGUUUUGCCUUACUUUACUUCUCAAGGUUUUAAAUAUAAAGAACAUGCAAAUCCAGCAGAUUUUGUUCUUGAUGUACUUAUUGAAUUCAAUGGUCGUUCAUCUAAACUACUUCAAGCAGCUUAUCCACAUUCAAAUAUGCAUUCAAAUGUUAAAUCUUUAAUAGAAUCUGUAAUGAAUAAAAAUAAAAAUGAAGAUUUAUCUUUCUUAGAUCAUAUUGUACAUCGAUCUCGUACAACUGAAUUCUAUUAUCUUGCACAACGAACAUUUCGAAAUGCAAUAAGAAAUCCAGCAUUGGCAGCUUCUCAAAUUAUGAUUGCUAUUUUAUUAGCUCUUGUUACUGGAUUACUUUUUUAUAAUAUGAAAGCAACAGUUGAUCCUGGUGUACGAAAUCGUCUUGGAGCUAUUUUCUUUUUAUCUACACAUCAAAUAUUAUGUACAGCAAGUGCUUUAGAACCAUUGAUUAAAGAACGAGCAUUAUUUAUUCAUGAAUAUGCUAGUGGUUAUUAUCGAGUAUCAAUAUUUUUUUUAUCUAAACUAGUUUUUGAUCUAAUUCCAAUGCGUAUUAUUCCUUCAUUUAUCUUUUCUAUAAUUACUUAUCCUAUGAAUGGUUUUCAACGUUCGAUAGUUCGAUUUCUUAUCUUCUUAGUUACAAUAUUUGUAUCAUCAGUGUUUGGUUCAGCUAUGUGUUUUUUUAUUGCUGCUUGUAUUCCUGUAUUUGCUGUUGCUCUUAGUGUGACUAUACUCAUUUUUUCUAUUAUGAUGGUUGUUAGUGGUUUUCUUGUGGAUUUAGAUAGUAUUUUUUCUUUUCUUCGUUGGAUUAAAUGGAUUAGUGCAUUUCAUUAUUCUGGAAAUUUAUUAACUAUUAAUGAAUUUCGAAAUUUAACAUUUUGUUUAUCUAACAAUACUCGAAUAUGUCCAUUGCAAGGCGAACAAAUUUUAACACAACGUCAUAUUGUACAUGAUACUGAUUGGGAUAUGUGGAAAAAUUUACUUGCCAUAGCAAUAUUGGCUUUAGUAUUUUUUUUUAUGGCUUAUGUUCAAUUGUUACGCAUAAAAAAAGUGAAAUAA